AUGUCGAGCUGCCGUGCCUCCCUCCUCGCCGUCCUGUGCAUCAUCCUCUACGACUGUACCCAUGUCCCUCGCGCUGGCUGCCUCUCCUUCAACCUCAGCUUCUCUCAACCCGAAAGCCUAGCUGAUCUCGAUCGGUUGAUAUACUGCACCGGCGACGCAUACCUCACUCUAGACACGCUUGAGCUCACGCGGCGGAGCAGGAGGACCAACGACAGCACCGGCCGGGCCACGUACACGCAGCCAGUGCGGCUAUGGGACGCAGCUACCGGCGAGAUGGCCAGCUUCACCACUAGCUUCGAGUUCCAGAUCACUCUGGACGACGCGAGCACCAUCGUCACUCCCGGCGACGGCGGGAUGGCCUUCUUGCUCAGCCAUCAUGUCGGGUCUGGUAUACCCCCCGGGAGCUUCGGGGGCAGCUUGGGUCUCCUCCCGAACCUCACGUCCGGUUACAAGAUGAUGGCAACCGUGAGGUACGAGAAUGUUACCAAGUUCCUGGCCGUCGAGCUCACCAUCAACGGCGACACGUCCUACUACGUCAACGCCACUGUUGAUCUCAAGAGCUACCUUCCCGAGCAUGUCGCUAUCGGCUUCUCGGCAGCGACUGGCGGUGGUGGCGAGCAGCACCAGAUACUGUCAUGGUCAUUCAUAUCCACUCUGCAGGAGGAACAGGUACAUACACAUAGGUACCAGAUCAUCCUUGGCUUGGGAUCAGCGCUGCGGUAUCUCCAUCAGGACUGGGAGCAGUGUGUGGUGCACGGUGACAUCAAACCAAGCAACAUCAUGCUGGACGAGUCUCUCGGCACCAGGCUUGGCGACUUUGGCCUGGCCCGGCUCGGCGAUCACGGCGCACGGUGGCACACCACCAGGGCCGUGAUGGGCACGGCGGGUACAUCGACCCAGAGUUAA